CUCCACCACUCACAGUUAACGAUCAGCUUCAGCGAAACGAUGGAGCUUCUCUGCUCACCAACGUCUCUUUCCUCCUCCUUCGCUCUCUCUUCUGCUCUUUUCGUUCCUUCUCCGUCUUUCCCCGUGUCAGGGACCAGGAGAUUCAUGGUUCUGUGUAGUUCCGAGAAUGCCCAGAAGGAAAAUCAGAUGACAGUUUCAGUAACUGGAGCAACUGGAUUCAUAGGAAGACGAUUGGUUCAGAGACUUCGUGCUGAUAAUCAGUCUAUCCGUGUCUUAACACGUUCUAAAUCCAAAGCUGAGCAAAUUUUUCCUGCCAAGGACUUCCCAGGUAUUGUGAUUGCAGAAGAACCGGAGUGGAAAAACUGCGUACAAGGAUCCACUGCUGUUGUGAACUUGGCAGGACUGCCUAUUAGUACAAGGUGGUCUCCCGAGACCAAGAAAGAGAUUAAGGACAGCCGGAUCCGUGUCACCUCUAAAGUUGUUGAGUUGAUGAACAAUUCACCAGCAGAAGCCAGGCCUACCGUUCUAGUUAGCGCCACGGCUGUUGGUUACUAUGGUACUAGUGAGACAGGAGUAUUUGACGAAAAUAGUCCAUCGGGGAAGGAUUAUCUUGCAGAGGUUUGCAGAGAAUGGGAAGGAACUGCAUUGAAAGCAAAUAAGGAUGUUAGAGUGGCACUUAUCCGCAUUGGUGUUGUUCUUGGCAAAGAUGGUGGAGCUUUGGCCAUGAUGAUACCCUUUUUCCAAAUGUUUGCUGGAGGACCUCUUGGUUCAGGACAACAAUGGUUCUCUUGGAUUCACGUUGAUGACUUGGUGAACUUAAUUUACGAGGCCCUCAGUAAUCCAUCCUACCAAGGAGUAAUUAAUGGGACUGCACCGAAUCCUGUUAGGCUUGGGGAAAUGUGCCAGCAGCUAGGCAGCGUUCUUAGCCGACCAUCGUGGCUACCAGUUCCUGACUUUGCACUCAAAGCUUUGCUCGGAGAAGGUGCCACUGUGGUUCUGGAGGGACAGAAGGUCUUACCUGUAAGAGCCAAACAGCUUGGCUUUGAAUUCAAGUACAAAUAUGUGAAAGAUGCACUCAAAGCCAUUAUGCAAUAAGGUGACACAUACUGGCUACCGCACCAUUGUACCCUUGGAUUUGGUCACAGAGAAACAAAAGAGAUUCUUUGCUUUUCGACUCUAUUUCUUUUUUAUUGAGUAAAAUUAGGGAUAUAUGUAUGAUCUCAGAAAUUAGAGAUCUCAGAUGUGUUGAGGAUACUAUAACUCAGACAUAAGAUUUUUCUAAUAUAUUGUUAUCGAUUCAUAGGUUAUUUUGCCAAA